GGGAGGAAGAAGACGCAGUUGCGGAUCAUGCCUGGGGAGUCGAUGGCGCACUUUGCAAUCGGUACGUCUGCGCGGAAUCCUACCGCAUUCGUACCGUCUUGUGCCUUUGCUGUGUCUGACAUAUCGUUUGACGCAUGCGCUGCACACGGGUGGAAGACUCUAUGCGUCGUUUGGUGAAGGAAGCGAUGCAGACGUCGUCCGCGCGUGUGCGGCAGGCCAAGAAGGAGGAUCUCACCAGCCAAGGGAGCAAGAAGGUAGCAGCGGCCGCGAACGCAUCGUCGAAGUCGCGCGCACAAUCGGGCCCGGCGAGGGCCGAUUCAGACUCGGAGGAGGGUGGCCCUCUCAUCUCCAUCUCGUGUAUCGUCUGCUUCCCACCUCCUGCUAUCGUCGCGACUCCGGUGGCGGGCGCGCACUCGCAUCGGUGCGCGGUCGCCUCCGAGAGCCCGCGUGCGACCGGGCAAGCACCACGCUCGUUUAUGGCCCCGGCGAACUUUGGGUAUUUGGUUGGUUUGGCUCGCUCGUCCUGUCCGUUGUCCGUUCUGGGCCCUCGACUGGCCCUUCCCUGUCCUUCCUCCCGUUCCUUCGCGCUGCGUCCCGUUCUUCGCCCUCGCCUCAUCUGUCGUCAUAUGUCGUGUCUCUCCGCCUGGAAUUGUGAACUCGAAUAUCCCUCGCUUCUCUUUUACCCCCAUCGUCUGAUCGCUUUUUUUACCCUUUGUUUCUGCUGCGACCUACGACAUCUUCCAUCUGCCACUUCAGCUUCGUUGACCAUCAUCAUGCUCAUCUUCAUGUUCGUUGCCGCUUCGUGCUCGUCGCUUCUCAUUUGCUGCUGUUGCUCAUCGAGACCGCCCCCGAUCUAUAGACGUGUAUCAUCACCCUGCCGCUGUGCCAAGAAGUCGUGCCAGUAUACAAAGAAACCUGU